AUCUCCCCAGGUUGGGCUGUCAAAAGCCGGACCAGCUUCAGCAAGAUCUCCAGUGUCUACCUCUGUGGCCGUCGCUACCGCUUCGAGGGCGAGGGUGACAUCCAGCGUUUCCAGCGUGACUUUGCUUCCCGCCUAUGGCUGACCUACCGCCGGGACUUUCCUCCGCUCUCGGGGGGCUUUCUGACUUCGGACUGCGGCUGGGGGUGCAUGUUACGCAGCGGACAGAUGAUGCUGGCCCAGGGCCUGCUGCUGCACCUUCUGCCCCGAGACUGGACGUGGGCUGAGGGCCCAAGCCUGGGGCCCCCUGAGCUGUCAAGGUCAACCUCCCCCAGCCGGUACCAUGGCCCUGCCCACCGGAUGCCCCCACACCGGGCCCAGGGCAGCCUGGCCCUGGAGCAGGAGCACCAGCACCGGCAGAUCGUGUCCUGGUUUGCAGACCACCCCCAGGCCCCCUUUGGGCUGCACAGGCUGGUGGAGCUCGGGCAGAGCUCAGACAAGAAGGCGGGUGACUGGUAUGGGCCAUCGGUGGUGGCACACAUCCUCAGGAAAGCUGUGGAGAGCUGCUCAGAGGUCUCCCGCCUGGUGGUGUACGUUUCUCAGGACUGCACAGUGUACAAAGCGGACGUAGCACGCCUGCUGGCCAGGCCAGACCCCACUGCCGAAUGGAAGUCUGUGGUCAUCCUGGUGCCUGUGCGGCUGGGCGGCGAGACUCUCAACCCCGUGUACGUGCCCUGUGUGAAGGAGCUCCUGCGUUCCGAGCUGUGCCUGGGCAUCAUGGGUGGCAAGCCACGGCACUCCCUGUACUUCAUCGGCUACCAGGAUGACUUCCUCCUCUACCUGGACCCACACUACUGCCAGCCCAGCGUGGAUGUCACCCAGGCUGAUUUUCCCCUGGAGUCCUUCCAUUGCACCUCACCCCGCAAGAUGGCCUUCGCCAAGAUGGACCCAAGCUGUACAGUGGGGUUUUACGCUGGAGACAAGAAGGAAUUUGAGAGGCUCUGCUCAGAGCUGACCAGGGUUCUCAGCUCCUCCUCAGCCACAGAGAGGUACCCCAUGUUCACCCUGGCUGAGGGCCACGCUCAGGACCAGAACCUGGAUGACCCCUGCUCCCAGCAGAUGCUGAGGCUCCCUCGCUCAGGGCGGCUCCUCAAGGCCAAACGGCCGAGCUCUGAGGACUUCGUGUUUUUAUGA